CACUGCUGCAUUCUGAUUGGUCAAUCUUGACAAGAGAGCGUGGCUAGACGUCAAUGUUUAUGUAGCCCCCCUCAUGUCGGUGUAUGUAACGGCACCAAGGUCUCUGCAAUGUGAUUUCCUGACACUGAUUUGUUGUCGCCGUGUAUAAGCUCCCUGUGUUUCAUCCCGUUAUGCCGCAGCCUCUGACACGGGGCUCCACUAGCCGGUGAAAGACGGAAGAGACGCAGGAAAACGCCGGAAUGGCAGGCGCCUUUGGCUUCAAAGGCUGCCAGAAAAUUCGCGGUGCUCAAAUCAGGUGUCUGCUCGAAGCGAAGGACUUCUUCCUCUUCGACUGCGACGGGGUCAUCUGGCAUGGAGAGAAUGCGAUUACAGGCGCUGCCAAGGUGGUAAACGCUCUGAUCCGCCGCGGGAAAAACGUGGUGUUCGUCACCAACAACUCCACCAGGCCUCGGGAGAAUUACGUGAACAAGUUCACCCGGUUGGGCUUCACCGACGUGAUGCUGGACCAGAUCUUCAGCUCCUCCUACUGCUCGGCCCUCUACCUGAGGGACGUCGUUAAGGUCCGCGGCCAGGUGUUCGUCAUCGGCUGCGAGGGGCUCCGCAUGGAGCUGCUGGAGGCGGGUAUCCCCUGCGUGGAGGAGACGGACGAUCCGGACGCCACCAUCUACAACUGCGUCCUGGCUCCGGACGUGAAAGCGGUCCUGGUGGGACACGACGACAAACUGACUUUUCUCAAAUUGGCCAAAGGUUCGUGCUACCUGAGGGACCCGGAGUGUCUGUUCCUGGCUACCGACAACGACCCCUGGCACCCGCUGUCAGGUGGACGGAUCCUGCCAGGUUCUGGUUCCCUCACUGCAGCCCUUGAGGUGGCAUCGGGCCGUAAAGCAACUGUCAUCGGCAAGCCAAGCCGCUUCAUGUUCGAGUGCAUCUCCAGCCAGUUCAGAGGCGUAGAUCCCGCCCAGUGCCUGAUGGUCGGGGACCGACUGGAGACUGAUAUGCUGUUCGGGUCCAACUGUGGCCUGGACACCAUGCUCACCCUCACCGGCGUGUCUCAGAUCGAGGAGGCCCAGGAGUACAGAAACAGUGACCUGACCACCAACCACAGCUACGUUCCCGACUACGUGGUGGACACCAUCGCUGAUUUCCUCCCGGCAUUUGAGGACAUGGAAGAGCAAAACGAUUGACGUAUGAUUUUUGCCUGCAGCACAGAUUGCUUCUGCUACAUUUCAAGUGCAAUGUUGAGUCUCACGUUUGCACAAAAUUGUUCCAAUUGACAAGAAAAAAAAAAAAAAAAGCGCCGUUUAUGUUGUGAACAACACACAUGUAGGACAAAUCUCUGUGAAAAUCAUGAAGAUUAACCCGUGCAUUCCUCAGUGUUUCUUCUAGUGUUGUGGCCAUUUGUGACUGCUGUGUUUAAUGAAUAUACUACACUUUGUUCAUUAGUAGAAUUUAAUAUUAGGCUUUUCAACAUCCAAAGUUAUUUUUGUAAAACCAUGAAUUAUUCUUCAAUUCAUGUGUUUAGGAGCUGGUCGUGUUUUUGCCAAAAGGCCUGUGAAUGCAGAAUAAUUCUCUGUAAUCUGUUUGGCUGAGUGUUAAAAGGUGAAUAUCAAAACACGCAGGAACGUGAGCAGCUUUUCUCAGCUCUGGUAGACAAUAAAGCAGAUACUGUAGGUG